UAUUUAUGUUUAAAACAUGAAUGCAAUCAGCUUGUUGUAAUUCGUACGGCAUGGUACAAGUUUAAACGUUUCAAUAUUUUUUAUAUUCGAGUUAUAGAAUUAAACUUUCACGAAGACCAGUAGUGCUUUAGGUAGCUUUCAUGAGUGUUUUAAAAACGUCUGUUGGUGCUUGUGGUGGUGUUGGUGAGUUACACGUCAUUGGAUAUGAAGCAAGAGAAAUUCAGGGUGGUAAUGAGACGAGAAGUGUGAAAUGUUGUAUGAAUGAUACAAAACUUGACAAUUGUCAUUUUUUCUCAGUAGACCCUUCAGAUGAUUUUGAAGAAGGAGAAAUAGAUAAUCGCCACAUUGUAUCCCCUUUAGUAAAUGUUUCUUUGAAGACGCAAGUACCUCUUGUUAUAAGUGAUUCUCAUGUAUCAGAUAAUUUUUCAAAGUGUGAUGAAUUUCGUAAAGUAAAACAAUCUGCAAAUGUUGACUGUUCUAAGGGUCACCAAACUGAUAGUAAGCAAGAUUUCGUUAAAGAAAUCACAAGUACUACUCCAGGCAAAUCUCUUGUUCAAACAAGUGAGAGUAAAAAAAGUUACAAGACAAAACAUCAUUAUCCGUUAUUGAGAAUGGACGAUGAUGUGACAUAUCAUUCAUUGGAUGUCAGUCACAAAACGAUUUCUCGUGGUCUGUCAAAAUCUUAUGUGUCACGACAUGGUCGUGAUUGUUUAAAGCAUAGUUCAAGGCGUGUUUCUUGUGAAAAAAAACGUUGUAGGUCUCCAUCUCUUAAAACAAGGAGAAUUAUAAGUAAGAAGCAAGCAGAUUCAAUGGAUGUCGACUUAUCUUUUAGUGAAGCUGCGAGUUCGUCGCAUUGUAAGCAUGAUGGGCAACAUCGUAAGCAAUAUGGGCAUUAUGAUGAUUCUCAUAAAAUUCAGAAAAAAAGUAUCACUCAGCAUGACGAGAAAUGUAGUUCAUUUUCAUCACGUUCAGAUCAUGGGCAGAGGCACAGUUCUCGCCGACGUUCGCGUUCGUCAAUGUCAUAUAAACAAAAACAUUCUCAUCCUACAAGCUUAGCGUCUCACUCAAAAAAUUUGAAUACGAAUUCAAAAGGUCCAGUUUCUCGCAAGUUAGAGCGUAGAGAACAGCUGCCUCGUGAUCGUCGUGAUAGUCACCGCCAUCGUAGUAAAAGUAAUCGUCGUGAUUUAUUGUGCGAAUCCUCUAAACAAGUUAAAUAUAAAACUCAUUAUGAAGACCGUACCCAUCGAUCAACGUAUUUAGAGGAGAAAGAUAGGAAGAUAGUUAGGAAUGUUUUAAAAGAUUCUCGUGAACUUUGUAAAACGUCUCGUGAUGCUGGACGUUCUUUGAAUGUCAAGUAUGAGAAUCGUGAAAAAGUGUUUGUACCUUCUAAAACUAGUAGACAUGACGACAUGAAACAGAAAGAAGUCGUUGGUUUACACACAAGUGAUAACUUUAAACUGAGGCAUGUCGUUUCUCAAACUCCUGAUGUUCUAGAAGUUCAGGACCCUGAUAUGACUUUCGAAAGCUCUGAUGAAGAGGAGGAUGAAGAGGAAUUUUUAGAAAAAAGAAGGCGUCAAAGAGAGUUGUUAUUAAAAAAAUAUAAGACAACCUGUUCUUCUACCACCGAUCAGUCUCAAGAGUCGUUUAAAAAUAAAAGUAAACACUACGUUUCGGAUGUGUCAAGCUUACCUUUGGCAUCUAAUUUCCAAAAUUUUUGUUCGUCAAUACCUCAGGAAGAAAAUUUGUUGAAACAAAAUACUAAUCAUAUUCCGUCUCAUUUUAAAAAUUCGUCCACAAUCAAUGAAAAAAAUAACGUUAAAACAAGUAAAACCCACGUUAGUCAUGGUAAUCAGCAUGGUUCUCAAAUCAGUGACGUUUGGGACUCUGAAAGUAGCCAACCAGUAAAUAAGCUUAUGCUAGUAGAAAAUAAUGACGAGGCAGUGUGUUUGUCUCAACAAAAAGAGACAAAUACAAAGGAUUGUACAUUCAAGUCAGUCACCAAGUGUCCUACUGUAGAGGCAUGUAAUGUACAUGUUAAUAUAAAACCGCGAGUCAAUUUAUAUGAAGCAAGUUGUCACGUUCAUAAGGCAUUAGAAAAUGUGUUAUCUAAAAAUUUUAAGGCUAAUUCGUGUCAAUCAAAGGAAGCUAUUAACACAACUUCUCCACCUUGUGAAGUGUCUCAAAAAAACAAUUUAUUUGAGGAAAAAAAGCUGGAAGGGUCAGGUUUAGCUAAUGAGAAUCCUUUUAUCCAAUCGUCCAACUGUGUUUCUCCCAUUGCCAAUAAUUUUUUUAUAAAUCAAGCGUCAUUAGGUUGUGUUUCCGAUAUAUCUGAAUUCACUUCACUUGGUCAUUGUAAUGAUGGUGUCAUCAGUAAUUUUUUGAAUAGUCAUAGUUUUGCGGAGUCCUUGCCUCAAUUUUCUCAAUUGAAUGAACCAUCAUGUUCUUCAACUUCCAAUGCAAGUGACUCGCCAAGAACAAGUAUUGAUGCGACUGGUUCCCCUAACGUGACUUGUACACAUUUAGACCAGAGUCCUACUACAUCUUCUGACAAUGUUUUGCCCUUUUUUAAAACCAAAAGUACAACUGAUGCAAAUCUUUCGCAAACAGGAUCUUUUGAUUUGAAUCUACUUGAAUUACAGCAACGUGUCCAACAAGAGAAACGCCGUUUACGUCAGUUUAUCAUUAUGCAGCGAGAAACAGAGCAAAGAAGAAGAGAAUCAAAGCGUGAAGUGUCAGCUAAAACAAUUAUUAAGAGUGACGAUUAUAUGAAUAAAAAUACACCCAUUGAAAACAAUUUAACGUCUUUAAAAAUUCAAGACGAAGAUGAGGAUAUUGAUAUGUUUUCAGUGUCUACAGUAAAUCCAGCAAUUAAAAAACCAACGACAGUAUCCUCAUGUGUUUUAUCUCAACGUUUGAUGACAAAAGGUAUGACUCGUGCAGAGGAUUGGGAUGAUGCUGACGGAUAUUAUUUGGCUUUUAUUGGUGAAACAAUUGAUAAUGGACGUUAUCGUAUCGUAGCAAAUUCCUGUGGCAAAGGAGUUUUCUCAUCGGUUGUGUCAUGUGUAGAUAACUAUGACAAUAAUCGUUUAGUAGCGGUUAAAAUAAUACGGCAUAAUGAAAUGAUGAAACGCGCUGCACAAAAAGAAGCUGAUAUCUUGCAAAGAUUAAAUGCAGCAGACAAAGAAGAUAAACGUCAUAUUGUGCGUUUGUAUCGAACCUUUGAUUAUAAGGGCCAUGUUUGCUUAGCUUUUGAAUGGAUGUGGGGCAAUUUGAGAGUUGCUUUGAAGAAAUAUGGGUUAACUGGUCGAGGACUGAACCCCCAUGCUGUGCAUUCUUAUACAAAACAACUUUUCAUAGGUUUAAGACAUUUAAAAAAGAAUGGAAUUCUUCAUGCUGAUUUGAAACCUGAUAAUAUUCUAUUGAACGAAAAAUUUUCUAUUUUAAAAAUAUGUGAUCUUGGAAGUGCCAGUGACGUUUCCGAUAAUGAAGUAACAUCUUACUUGGUGUCGCGUUUUUAUCGUGCUCCAGAAAUUAUCCUUGGUUGUCGUUAUGAUUAUUCUAUUGAUGUUUGGAGCGCUGCUUGUACUUUAUUUGAGAUAGCAACUGGACAAGUGUUGUUUCCCGGAAUUUCUAAUAACGAUAUGCUUAAACUUUUUACUGAAGUAAAAGGUCGGAUACCUAAUAGGCUAAUACGAUCUGGGCAAUUAUCAAGUCCACAUUUUGAUGAAAGUUUUAAUUUGCUCUGGACGGAUCGUGAUGCCUUCACAAAAAAAGAAAUUGUUCGUUCUAUUCGUGACUGUCGUCCAUCGCGCAUUCUACUUGAUACGUUAUUAGACAGUAUUCCGCAAUCAAUAGGCCCUACUGCUAAAGCAACAGCUUUAAGAUCUAAAUUAAGACAAUUUGCAGAUCUUUUGGAAAAGUGUUUAAUGUUGGAUCCAACAAAACGCUUAACGCCCGAAGAAGCAUUGAAACAUCCUUAUUUAAGAGAACCUAUGUAUCCGGCCGGUACUUUACAACAUAUGAAAGUGGCUUCAACUCAUUCCGGGGUUUCAGCAUCUCUGAAUACAAUUGGAUCAACACAACAAUCGGGAACAUCAGUUUUACCGAGUGAUACAACUAAAAAUGCUUUUUCUGCACAAUGUCAAACGAAAGAUGAAAAAAGUGAUACAAUUGAAUCGUCACACUUACCUCUUCUUGUAGCUAAUUCGAAAUCUUCUUCACCAAAUGAAAAGCAAGCUACUCAUCUUCACGUUAUACCUGAGGCUGUAGGUGUUAAGGUGACGGGAACAACAAAUGAUUCAAAUGAAUAGUUUUCUUAUUUCUAAAACGUUUAAAAAAUUUUUUUUUUUUAAUAUAUAAGGAAAUGUUUGAAAUUUGCUGGGUCUAUUGAAAGGAUUAGCUUUGCCACUAAUAUCUUUUAUUGCGUGCUUUUUGUAAUGAAUUUUUACGUUUACGUUAGCAAAAAUUCGAAAACAUAAUAUGUAGACGAAAUGCUAAAAUUUUUAUUGCAAUCUAUUUGAAGUUUUUAGAAAAUUGUCAUGACUCGAAUUUUUUAUACAAACAUUUUUGGUUAAAUAGUGUUUUCAAAAUAAAUAUAUUUUUUUCGUUUCUUUUUUUUGUGAUAACGUUUAUUGUCAUAUUACAUGCAAAACGUCCAAGUUAAAAAGAGUUCCAGUUUUUCAUUAUCUCUGGAAAAAAUAUAAUUAUUUAAAGAAGCCGUUGUAUUACAAAUUCUUAGAGAAAAAAAUCAAUAUAUUGAAAUUUAAAAUUCAAACAAUUGUUUUAAAUUGAUUGAUGUUUUUUUAAAAGAGAAGCGUGGUUCUGCUUAAAGACAAACAUAGAGUUGUAUCAGUCAUGCACGAAAGUUUGACACUUUAGAGUAUGUAGAUUUAACAGUUUUACUUUUUUUUUGUUUUUGUAAUCAUGAAAAGUAAACCAAUUUAUACUUUGUAUUUUUAUUAAAAUAAAUCAGAACGUUUUUUUUUUAUUCUUUUGACUUUAAUUUUUUUGUUUAUUUGUAAUAGAUUGUUAUGCGUCUCAUCUUUUUUAUUAUUCGUAGUUAAAAACCAUGGUUUUCUAAAGUCAAAUUGGAGCUAUUAGUGCCAUUGAACUAUUCAAUUGAAGCAAAAAAAAAUUUCGUUCCGUUUGUAACAUGUUUUACUUUUAAUUGAACGCUUUAACAUUAUUAUAGAACAACUUUUCCUGUUGUUUGUUUGUUUGUUUCUAAAAAGCUUUAAUUUUAUUAUGUGGUGCCGUAUUUGACAAAUAAUUUUUUCCUGUUAUAGUGAUUAAAAAAAUCAUUGCAAAUUAUUAAAGUUGUGUAGAAAAAAUGUUAAGUAUUCAAAUGGGUAGAAAUUUUCAUUACGGUCAAGAUGAUUUUCGCUUAAAUUCUAUCGUACCAAAGG